UAGAUCAACAAGUAGUCUGAAAUCAAUGAGUCAACCAUCCUUCACAUUCAAUUCUCAGUGUAGUACCCAAUCUUUUUUAAAUAUCCGACCGUUUUACUUUUAUCGUUCUCUUUAAAAGGCCUGUUGGUUCAUGCAACACGUCAUACGUCAUAAAGUAUAAUUAAAAAUGUUAGUGAUGGUGAUCAACUGACAGAAACUUAGAACUCAACAUGUGUGCUCCUUGCACGGUGUUACCCUGAAACAAGAUUUAUUGCAUCUGCGCUAAUGUCACUUACUGGAAAAUCAUUCGCAUACGAGAUCAACAACACCAAAAAUUGAUAUGGCAACAGCUAGUCAAAUCGAUAGUGAUGAGGAGGAUGUAUUCUGGGGGCCGGUGACUAUGAAAGAAAUUAAACUUACUUUCAAGAAAGAGCUAGAAGAAUUGAAUCGCCGACGGUCUGCAGAAGUGAAAAAGACUGAUGCAGACAUAAAUAAUGGAACAUCGUAUUCUUUACCAAAAAGGCUUGAAGAUGAUCAUGUCUCUCCAGUGUCGCACAAAUCAACUUUUUUGAAUACACAAAGGAGCCACCCUCAAUCCAAUGGUCACACCAUCACCAAUCACGGUGAUCCGCAGCCAGAGGAAGAGACCUGUUUUGCCUCUACACCACAAAAAUUAGUCAAUAUUUCAGGUAAUGGUACCUCUCAGCAUAAUAAAGAAAGCACCUUCAACUCCUCCAGUACGACACCGAUCUCGUCUCCCAUAAAAGAAAACUGCUCCUCAACUUACACGACUCCAUCGUUGGCGUCUCAGUCUCGUAAUGAUUUUGAUUCUUCUUUUGCGUCAGUGGCAUCCUCUUUUAUUGAUGAGUCAGACUCCCCUGCUCUAGAGGUUGCGUCAGAAAGUUUUGAAAAAGUCGAUCCAAAACGUUAUGACGCCAGGAGUAUUAAUAUUCCUGAUGUAAUUGGAAGUCACAUACAAUCCUCUGUCUCUCCAUUGUUGAGUAUCACUGAAAAGUUGAACCUUCAACCAUCCGAGAAAAAUUCACCUGAGAACAUUCUUCAAGAUAUUGAUUCUAUCUCAAAUAACUCACCGGUCCCAGUGAAAGGUGUGCUUCCAACUCCUAUCAUAGAAUCAAAAAUUGAUAAAAUGUCUACUUCCUCUACAUCUUUGACAACUGGCAACAAGGUCUCUCAAAUGAAUGGUGUUCAGAAUAUAACUUCAGAUUGCAACUUGUCAGAUAGCUCUGAUAAAGCGAAUCACCUCAGUCCUAAAAAAGAGCUAAUUUUAGGCGGGGGAACUGCUCCACAGAAAUUUAAGUCCGAAGAUAGUCAAUGUGUUCCUUGCUCUGCAGAAGAAAAAGUUUUGAAUGAGAAUGUUCUGUCCAACGUUGCCAAAAGUCGCGAUUUGAAAAUGAGCUCUGGAUCAGAUUCGCCUGCUUCUCUAAAAUUUCAUGCAACUGAUUCUCCAUUGAAACCAUUUAAUAUUUCACAAUUUACUGAGGCAGAUUUAUCAGAUGUAUCUCCACCAAAUUUCUCUGUGUUUGAUGAUUCUGUCAUGUCUGUCAAUCAGACCCAGCUUCCAACUUUAUCUAAAUUGAAAAGAACUUCUGAAGUACCUAGCAGGAAGUUAGCAGGAAGCAAUUUACCUAGAUUUGGACUAAAACUGCCUCAGAAGAAGAGUAUUGUCAAUAUAUCAGUGCCAAAAGCAUCUGUAGAACAGCAAAAUACAAAUAACUUUUCCAACCAUUUAACUUCCUCGAAAGCUUCUACGAGUCCCAAGGUAUUAAGAAACCUUGGAACUCAGAUUCCAUCUAUUGUUGAUACUAAGACUGGGCUCAACCAGUGCUUACCAUGUGGCGAAAAGACACCACAAAAAAGCAUCUCAACUUCAGGAAAGAAAGAAAAGUUUUUUAAAACACCUCCAUCAAUCAAGUAUUCAAACUCCAAACUCAAACAAGCAUUCGGAAAAACUAGUCCUUUCAACCCGAAAUUCGAUCGCUUGUCUCCCACUAGUGUGCACAUGUCGACACCAUCUUUCUCUGAGUCUAUCGUGGAAAAAAAUGGAACCUGUGAAAAAGUGGUUUCGGAACCAAAGAAAAAAUUUUUCUCAGGACCUCACUCCCUCAACUUAUCCACUGGACCAGUGAGAGUCAAAACACCAAAGAUCAUCUCACCAAAGUCAAGCAGCAACAGCAAUACUUUCAAGCCUCAUAGAUUUGCUAAAAAUGACACGCUUUCCUCUGAGCGCAACAAUUCUACUGUGCACUCAAAGAUACCAGCAGCAUCUAUUCCCAGGUUUUUCCCUAGAAAUGUGAACAUUACGCCAUCCUAUCGAGAAAAUGUACCCAACUGCUCUCUCAAAUCUGAGGAUUUGGAGAUCUCCGUUGCUGCUUACAGUAGUGACUCAUCUUUGCCUCUUUCUGAAGCCUCUUUCAGUAGCAGCAACACUGUAAAAACUUUUGGUAUUGCUAAAAGUAACACACUCUCUUCAGAGCGGAACAACACUUCAGUGCGCUCAAAAAUACCAUCAGCCUCUAUUCCUAAAUUUUUCCCCAAAGUCGUAACCAACACACAUCCAAAUCAAGAAAAUUUGCCCAACAGCACUCGUAAAUCAGAAGAUUUUGAAAAGUCUGUUGCCUUUUACGGCAGUGAUACGUCUCUCCCACUCUCUGAUGCCUCUUUUAAUAGCUCUGCCAAUUCAAACAAAUCUCGUAUUGGUGGGAUACCAAAACCCAAGUUUUUUGCGGACCUUCCAAAAAAACAACCAACAACUCGAUUACCACGCUUGAAUGACUCGUCAAGAAUCCCUAAAGUUAGUGCUACUAAUUAUUUCCAAAAAAAUGGCAAGUAAAGGAACUUCUAAGGCCUCUGAGUUGAACCUCUUUUUUCUUUGAUCACUGGAAUAUUUUUAACUUCAUUCAGUGUAGCUGAAAGUCGUAGCGAUUUUAUGUACCCACUACCAUAAUUUUAAUUAUAUCAUUCCCUAUUUUUCUGAGCAUGUAAGCACAUUCAACCUCAUGUAAUAUAGAUUUUAAGUAAUCAGCAAGAUUUUGUUGACCGUUUGGUCAUCAAUUAUGAUUUUACACCAGAACAAAGAGUUUUUAAGUAUCUUCACUUAUUUUUAUGAAAUCUCAUCUUUCUCUUUUAUAGCAAGUAAAGGAACUUCCAAGGCCUCUCUCUGUUUCUUUUUCCUAUCAUACCUUGCAUUACGGUAGGAUAGGGGUGCAUUAAAUUUUUCAGAAAUUUUAAAUGAAGAAUGGAUGCAAAGUGACAAUUUUUCAUGCAGAAUUCAUCACAAAAAGCCAAUAGAGGGAAGGGGGGUUAAAUUGUAAAUUUCGUAAUGUUUCAGUGUGUAGACUUGAGUUAUGUUGUGGGAAGUCAAAAAACCUGGUCUUCCGUGUUGCGUAUUUGAUGAAAGGCCCUUGAAAGAAAAGUUGAGUACUGCUCAAAACAAUGUUGUGGUUGAUGUACUGAUCAAAUUUUUGAAAUCUCUGUAUUACCACUGUUUUCUUGCAUGGAAAAUAGCUUGGAGUUGAUGAAUGUUUGUGUUCAGCUUAGAAAUACCAAACGGAGAAAAUUUUGACUAGAAAAAUAAUUAGAUUUUAUGUUCUGAAACAAUUCAGGCUGUGGUUCCUGUUGCAUCUUUUUUUAACUGUUUCAACUUCAGUGAUUCACUAUGUUUUUAAGUCCUCUUCCGUAGUCUUUCAAGUCAUCGACCUUAGGAAUCAAUUUUUAACCUCUUCAACUCAGAAACUUGUGAAGAUAAUUAAGUUCUACAUAGGUGUUCAAUAUUACUACUUGAGCAAUGAAAAUGUAAUGGUAUUCUGUCAUUCAUCACAGAUACCUAAUUGAAUGCAAGAAUGAAGUGCGUGAGACAGAAGUCCAAAUGCUCAGUCCAUGUUUCUUUUCAAGGCUGUUUUUCAGUUUAGAAGUCUUCGGGCUCGCAAUUAACUAGGGUACCUUUUUUUCAUUAAGUAAGAAACUCAGGUUGCAUAUUUGUAAUUGUGCCUUUAAAAAUCUCUAAAUAGGGCGUGUUGAGUCCUGUCUGUGACCCAAAAAUUACACUUAAGUCGUAAUGGACAAACAAUGGUGGUCCGGACGAUUUCUAUUUUAACCCCCAUUUUAGAGAAGUGUGAUGCGCAAAUAUUAAGGGCUUCACUGAGCUAUUUGAAUGUACCUGAUGCCAUGUCCAAAGUGAAUGAAGUGGAACCACCUGUGUAUAUCCUCCUUGCAAUUAAUUAACCCCCAUGUUUCGAGUUUAUUCGAUCAAUUCAUUUCUUACUUCAAAUGACACCUAAGUGACAGCCAAGGGGGCAAUUCUUUCCAUCUCUUUUUCUGAUCUGUGCGUAAUAUGGUACCAGUAGUGCCCCAUCUCAUAUAUCAUGAUAUAGGUAUUAGCACCAUUUCUGUUUAACUUAACCAGCAGCCUUACUUCUGUUCAGUGUUUUAAUCAUGAAAAAGUGUUAUGAAAGAUCAAUCAUCUUACAAAUUUUUUUUUUUAACUUAGUUGUUUUCUUUAUUAGUGCUGUGAGACAUCAUGAUUUCUAAAAAUUGUCAUGUUCACUUUUAAGUAGUUUUGUUUGAGAAAUUUCUUGGCUAUCAAUCUUUCGCUUACACAUUGGCAACUUAUAAUUUAAAGGAACUUAGUGAUGUACCAUGUGCCUCCUACUUGAAUGGAGUAUUUUAGAUGUUUUUAAUUUUUUACUUUUUGUAAUUUUUUCUUCUUUUUUUAAAAAACCACUGUUUCUAGAAAUUUUUACCUGUGAAUAAAAAAUUGAUCUCAA